UCCCAAUAUGGACAUCACCCUUUGGACCUCCAUUGCCGCUCUCUUCUUCCUCUCCCUCCUCCUCUUCUUCAAGAAGAAACUGUUCACUUCUUCGAAGAACAAAACAAGAAACCUCCAUCUCCCUUUGGGCAACCUGGGAUGGCCUUUCCUCGGAGAAACCUUGGACUUCAUUUCCUGUGCUUACUCUGACCGCCCAGAGAGCUUCAUGGAUAAGCGUUCCCUCAUGUAUGGGAAGGUGUUUAAGUCGCACAUAUUUGGGAGUCCGACCAUAGUUUCGACGGACGCAGAGGUGAGCAGAAGCAUCCUGCACAGCGACUCGAAGACGUUUGUGCCGUCGUACCCGAAAUCGUUGACGGAGUUGAUGGGGAAAUCCUCCAUUCUGCUCAUCAAUGGAAGCUUGCAGAGGAGAAUCCAUGGCCUCAUUGGAGCCUUCUUCAAGUCCCCUCACGUUAAGGCUCAGAUCACAACCCACAUGCGCACCUUUGUUUGCCACUCUAUGUCCACUUGGCGUCAAGAUCGCCCCAUUUACAUCCAAGAUGAAGCUAAACAUAUUGCUUUCCAAGUGCUAGUCAAAGCAUUGAUUAGCUUGGAUCCGGGUCAAGAAAUGGAAUUUUUAAGGAAACAAUUUCAAGAAUUCAUUGCAGGGCUUAUGUCCCUGCCAAUCAAGCUGCCCGGAAGUAGACUUUACCGUUCAUUGAAGGCAAAGAAGGAAAUGGUAAAAUUAAUACAUGGAAUUAUUGAAGCUAGGAGGGAGAAGAAAACAUCAAACGUAAUUACAAAUGAUGUGGCUGAGGUUUUACUAAAUGAUAAUAGUGAAGAGUUAACAGAUGAGCUCAUAUCGGAUAAUAUGAUUGACUUGAUGAUCCCCGGUGAAGAUUCAGUUCCUGUGCUUAUAACUCUUGCCAUUAAAUAUCUUUCAGAUUGUCCUGCAGCCCUACAACAAUUGACGGAUGAAAAUUUAAGAUUGAAGAGGCUCAAAGAAAAGCAAGGAGAGCCACUAUCUUGGAGUGAUUAUUCGUCACUAUUGUUUACACAAAACGUGAUCUCAGAAACAUUGAGGAUGGGGAAUAUAAUUAUAGGGGUAAUGAGGAAAGCAGUGAAAGAUGUGGAGAUAAAAGGGUAUCUCAUUCCUAAAGGCUGGUGUGCAUUGGCAUAUUUUAGAUCAGUUCAUCUGGAUGACACUCUCUAUGAUUUCCCUUAUCAAUUCAACCCUUGGAGAUGGCAAAAAAAAGACAUAGUGAAUAGUUGCAGUAGCUUCACCCCAUUCGGAGGAGGACAAAGACUUUGCCCUGGACUAGAUCUCGCCAGGCUAGAAGCUUCCAUCUUCCUCCACCACUUCGUCACUCAAUUCAGGUGGAAAGCAGAGGAAGACUCCAUUAUCAACUUCCCUACGGUGAGAAUGAAGAGGAAAAUGCCAGUUUACGUCAAAAGGAGAAAAGAUUUUUAACUUCAUUCUUCUACACAUCUUUUCUUCAGUAUCGUCUCAACUUUAAUUUCAUAACCUGUGUGUAUAUAUAUGCAAAGCAAUACAUACACGUAAUAGACGGAGAAGAGUUGAAAGAAGGUAGCGACGUUUGGGUGGAAAACACACGUGUGGAAGCUCACAUAUUUUGUCCUAUAUUAAUUUCUCCCUCCAGUAAUUUACAUUGUAUACUACAUAUGUAUA